AUGGAGCCUAGGAUGGAAAAUAGGGUAGGUGUUCUCUCCCCGCUGGAGGAGUCAAGUGCGGAGGUGAGUCGGGACAGUGGCAUCGUGUCGCAGAGUGCGAGCAGUUUAUCCAUGUUGAGCGAGGCCCUAAGCAGUGGCACCGUGUCGCAAAGCCCCAGCUUCGGCGCAGCAGUCUCGCAGAGUCCGAGCUUCAACUCCGAGGAACCCGACACGGACCCAGACCACAACCAGGAGGAUGAGAUCCUGAGACACACUGCCCUCAGUUACUCCUCCUACAUCAGAGAUACUGCUGGAGACGAGGUUAGAAUUAAUCAACCUUUCCGAUGGAGGUCAAAUAUAUCCUCCUGUCUAUGCUGGGAGGUGCAAUAUAGCGCUAGCUAUAACUGGAUACGCGUGACGAGUUAAAUGUCACUUGACUGUGGUUAUAACCAAAUCCUUUACAUACCCCACAGAUCCUGUGUUUGGAGAAAAGUCUGGAGGAAAUGCUGACCAGGGUGGAUGAAUUUGUUGGAAUGCUUGACAUGGUACGUGCUCAAGAGUUGGGCAGUGUUUGAAAUAUGCAUUUCAUUUACUUGAGUAUUUUGUCAUUUGUAUUACACAGGGCUGAACUACACUCCAUUGUAUUUUAUAACGAGAUACUUUCGAGAGCUGUAAUUUGUAUUUUCGAAAUGCUAAAAUACUUUUCUAUACCAUUUAUUUAUAUUUAUAGCGGUUAACAGUUUUGUGGCCCCCUCUAACCCUGCAUUGGUAUCAGAAGUCUGAUGGCACUAUGGUUUGAUAAGUGCAUUCUCUAAAUAAACUAAACAUAAUUGUAUAUGUAAAAAUGGACAAUUGCAAAGCAUGCUGAGUAUUAUUCUAACGAGUUCCUGACACCAGCCAAUAAAAAUACCCAGUGUGCUUUGCAGUUCAUUUUGGUAUGUUCAUUUUCAUAUUUACAUUUUGGUCAUUUAGUAGACACUCUUAUCCAGAGUGACUUACAAUCAGUGCAUUCAACUAAAGUAGAUAAACAAUAACAUAUCACAGUUAGAGCAAGUCAAAUGUUUCUGUAACCGUUACUGAGAAUGUUGUUGCUGUUCGGGACGGCUAUUUGGAAAUGUAUUUCUGUAUUUUAAAAUGUAUUUCAAAUUACAAGUAUUUUGCAGUUUAUUUUGAUGCAUAGAUUUUUCUGGUAUUUUGUUAUUGUAUUUAGCAAUUUUUGCGCAUCCCUGUAUGUGUUCAUGUCCUUGUCUGUGAAAGUGGGUGAGAAAUUAAUAACUUUUCUUCCUCUGGUAAUAGAUCCGCAACGACACAUCACAGAUUGUCAACGAGAAUCUACCUCAAAUACAUAGAAAAUCAGAAGAGAUGAGGCAAUUAUACAGAAAGAUUGACAAGUUGAAUGUAAGUGUGAUUACUUAAAGUAAUUGUUAAUGACCAGGAUGUUGUCAUUGAAAUCAUGACAUGAUCUGUGUAACAAAUGGCACCCUAUUCUCUAUACUUGGGGCACAGAUAUGGUAGUUCUGUAUCUGACCCUGUUCCCUGGUGUUUUGUCCAGGCGUUUGUGAAGAUGGUGGGUGCCAAUGUGAAUGUCAUGGAGGAGCAGGUCACUCAGGCAGAAAGGGAAGAAGGAACCCUGCCGGGUGCCUUCAGAAAGAUCUUCCAUACCAUUAGUGUCCCGGGAUUUCUAAAU